GGCGCGCGGCGCGAGCGCGCUCGCGCCGGACGCGUCGGGCGUCGCGCCGCUGCACGCCGCGGCCGCUUCGGGCUGCGAGGAGGCGGUGGAGGCGCUGCUCGCCGCUGGCGCGCCCGUGGAGGCGGAGCUGGAGAUCCGAGGGAUGGAGGCGCUCUCGAAUGCGACGGAGGGGCACACGAAGCGGCCGCUCUUCCUCGCCGCCGAGAAGGGCCACGCCGCCGUCGUGCGGCGCCUGCUCGCCACGGGGGCGGACGCGAACGCGGUCGCGACGGUGGCGGGGAGCGGCGCGGUGUCGCGCCUCUCGCCGCUGUGGGCCGCGAGGCGCGGCGGUCACGCCGAGGCUGAGGCCGCGCUCGUCGCGGCCGGAGCCGUCGAGGUGGCGGAGAUGCAGCCCCUCCCACCCUCCCUCGACGACUCUGGGUCAGGACGUAUUUUCUUCUCAAUAACAAGGCUGCGAAACGCCAACUUCCCACUAAGAUCGUGCCCCCGUGCCGAAUGCUGGAUCGAAAUUAUGGCCUUUUCCGUGCUGCUAGGCCCCGCCGCGACCGCCUUUUCAGUCCAGUUCGACCGCUCACCUACGGUCGGCGAGAUGUGCUCCGUUCUGGUUGACUUUGCCGACGAGGGCUGCCACGUGGCCUUCCGCCAAAAGGACGCGGACUCGUGUGCAGUCGAGCUCACGCCUUACGAUUCCGGCGGCGACGAGGCUGAAGCUGCGCUCGACUCCAUUCCGGCGAAGCUGGCCGAGGCACUCAAGGCGGUUAACGUCGAGUCGAAGUGCGUGCGCGACCAAGUGCGGGGUAUCAUCGAGGCAGCCGCCUGGGGCAAGUGA